AAUUAUCUUGACAAGUUGAACUAUGACUCCCAGUUCUGACAAUACUUUCUAUGACAAGCCAUUAUUCACCUGAAAACAUAAUAUAGUGGUAGUCAUAGGAAAGAUUAGUUGAUUUGCAAGGGGCCGAGGAUAAGUCGACAGAUAGUUGGCAUUUCCAUCCCCGAACCAAACAAGAAAAGUGAUAGAUACAACUCGUUUAUCAAUCAAACCACAGGAAACAUCUAACAUACAGUACUGUCAAUAACAAUGCCGCUAAAUAUUAUCAUCUGCGGUGCCGGCAUCGGGGGUCUUUCAGCCGCAGGGUUCCUUCGAGCCAAGCACAAUGUCACAGUCCUGGAACGGGGAGAACUUGACUUCACAGUAAACGACUAUGGAUUAUCAGUCGUCUCUAACUCGUUCAACCUCUUAGAGAGGGCCGGUAUCAAGACGGAAAAUCUUGACACUGUUGUCAUGACACAUGUUUGGCAGAGGGGACCUAAUAAUGAAGAGCUUAAGACGAUGCAUUUCGAUACGAGGGCACGAUUUGGCGGGGCUCCCUCUGUCUUGGUGAAACGUGCGCUGCUACAAAAAGAGUUGCUGCGAUUUGCAACUGGCGCCGAGUUUUCCGGAGCACCCGCGAAAAUCGUUCAAAAUGCUAAGGUAACAAAAGUCGACCCUGCCGCCGGCAAGGUCUGGACCGAAGACGGCCAAGUCUUUGAAGGCGACUUAAUCGUCGGAGCAGACGGUAUUCACUCAGUCGUUCGCGCCGCCGUUCUUGGAGAAGACAUCACGGCAUCUAUCAAAACCCACGAUACUCUAACCUUCAUGGCGCAGCUGUCAGUUGAAGAUCUUAAGUCAGAUCCAGGCUUUGCCUACCUAUCUGACCCCACAACCCAAGCUGGGCUUUGCAGCGCCCAUGCAAAUUCAGGACCUCGCGUCAACAAACGCAUUCUAACUUACCACACAUCGCCCCGCAGCCUGCAGGUUGUGGGAUACACCUCCGAGAAAGAAUUUUCCGAGAAAUUCGACUCUGCCAAAACAGCCAUUAUCAGGGACGUCCCCGUAUCGCGGGUAGUCGAGGAUUUCGGCCCCGAGUUCGCAGAAGGGUUCGUCAAUCUAUUCCGACAUAGCCAAAUCGACGCCUGGAGAAUCCGCGAUGUGGCGCCCCUAAGCACCUGGUUUUCCGGCAAGGCGCUAUUGAUAGGGGAUGCAGCCCAUGCAGUAACGCCACACGCGGGACAAGGGUGCAAUGUCACAAUCGAAGACGCCGAAGCGAUAGGAUAUCUCUUGAAAGAUGUUGAAUCGCUCGAUUCAAUUCCGGAAGUCUUGCAGAAGUUUAUGACGAUGCGAAAGGACCGUGUGGCUUUCGUAGCGCGGCGUUCGCACGAGUUGGGUAAUAUAGCGACGGAGGAAGAGAAGUCUAAAGAACCCAUCACGCCCGAACUGUUUGCGAGGACGAUAUAUACGUACCAGGGUGCCGAGAAAGCGUUAAGCGGGCAGAUGCCACCAGCGAUGCGACCAUCAUGAAAUGCAUGAGCAUAUGAAUUGAUCUUCACAGCCUUGAUUUGAAAAGGCUUUUACGAUUUACGAUACGAGAAGCGAUAUUAUAAUAUCUACCUGUAUGAAAAAGAAACUAACC